CGCGCAUGCCUGCCGUGAGCCGGGCCCCCCACCCGGGUGAGGCUGAGCUCCGCGCAGCCGUUGCCGGCCGAGGGAGGCUGAGCUCCGGCGGAGCGCUCCGGGGCUCCCCAGCAGCCACCUGCUGCUCCCGGAGCCGCCCGGCUCUACCCCGACCCCUGUCCGUGGUGCUGCCUCCGACCCCUGUCCGUGGUGCUGCCUUCGGAGCAUCCUGUUGCGUCGGAUCGUUUGAAGAAGGAGCCGUGCCUGGUGGAUGAGCUCCUCGUUUGGAACAAUGGCUGCGUUGCCACGGCUGAUCUGCGCGUCUUCGGCCGCUUUGGUUGUUUGGGCUGGUUUUUGUUCUGCAGUAUGUGUUGAAGUUCCAUCAGAGACAGAGGCGGUCCAGGGGACGGACAUGAAGCUGCUCUGCAUCUCCUGCAUGAAAAGAGAAGAGGUCACAGCCAGCACAGUGGUGGAAUGGUUCUACAGGCCGGAGGGUGGCAAAGAUGAACCCAUCUAUGAGCACAGGAAAAUGAAUCAUGAAUUUCCAAGCCGCUUCAGUGGUCGGAUACAAUGGAAUGGGAGUAAAGACAUGCAGGAUGUGUCCAUCACUGUGUUAAAUGUCACCUUGAAUGACUCGGGUAUCUACACCUGUAACAUCACCCGGGAGUUUGAGUUUGAGAUUCACCGGCCUCUCUUCACAAGCUCCAGAUUGAUCCACCUCACCGUGGUGGAAGAGGCUGGAGAAGACUUCACCUCAGUCAUCUCUGAAAUCAUGAUGUACAUUCUGCUGGUCUUCCUCACCUUGUGGCUACUGAUAGAAAUGGUCUAUUGCUACAGGAAAGUCUCGAAGGCAGAGGAGGCUGCCCAGGAAAAUGCGACAGACUACCUUGCAAUUCCAUCAGAAAACAAGGAGAACUGUGCCGUGCCCGUGGAGGAAUAGCAGAGAGACGUCUGCAGAGUGCACAGCACCAAGGGGCUCUGAAGACAGAAGGACCACGUCGUGCCAGCCAGGUUUGAGGGGGAGCUCUACGCCGUCAGGAGGAAAUAUGGGGAAGUGUAAAUUCUCUUCCAUUUGCCUUGGACUCUGUACAGCCUUGACUUUGGCCUCAUGACUCCAUUCUGAGCUGCCAGCCCAUUUGUUAAAGGACUCUCCUUUUGAAGCAUGCUGAGCAAAGGGCACAGGGGGUGCGGGCAGCACGGCUCCUUCCCAAGUUUCAGUUCCAUCAUCACGUUAAUGGCUUUGUAACUGUUAAUGUCAUUUCUUAGCUGCUGUCACCACCGCCUUUAUUUGCAAAAUAUGCUAGUUCUCCAUUGCAGACAUUAAGGGUAUGUGUUACUGUUACUCUGACCCACAGGACUGGGAAUAUCUUCAUCUUAAGGUGAUGAUGUUCCUCCACAGCCCAAGAAGUCACUGUAGGUUAAGCAGGAAGAGUUUAAUUAGUGUAGUUGUUGCUCAAUAAGUUCCUUUGGACUUUGGGCUGCCAGGGCAGAUGCAGAGUAGCAUGAGAUGCAUUAAAACAGAUAAAAACAUGUAGUAGGAAGAUGAGUCCCUGUGCUGUGGUCAGACCUGCUUCUGAAGGAGGGAGCUGAGAAUAGAAAUCCUGAAGUACUCCUAAUUUGGGAGGCUGUAUAACGUAAGUAUAAGAACCCCCUGUCCCCUCCCUUUCACUUAGCAAGAGUUGAAGUUCUUAGUUCCUUCCAUUUACCUUGUGCAGCAGGUUUACUCCUCAAGCAUACAGAGUGAUAGGAAUAACCUGUGGAGCCGCGUUCAGCAGCCACAGGAGAGCCAGUAAGACAAGGUAUGCCUUUAACCUGUUCCUGGGGGAUGCUCUGAUAGGAUUCAAACAGGCAAGCAAAGUAAAUAGGAUGCGUAGCCCUCUGGGUGGGACCCAGCUUUGUAAAAUAACCCUUGCAAUUGUGAUGGUUGUCUUAUCCUGUAUUGCAGCACCAUCUAGAGGAAUAGAGAGAAAAUGCUUCUUAUUUUCUCCUAGUCUGUUGUAAUUCUGUUUUGUGCUUAGUCACCAAUUUGAAUAGUCAGUAUUUAUUGUAAAUGACACAUUUCUGCACAGGAAAUACACUAUAAGUUCAAUGGUACCUAUGCAAAUGUACCUUCUGAAUCGUAAUAGCUUAAGCAGAGUGCAAUUAGUUUUCUGGCUUCAAACGUAGAUUAGUUGAGCACAGCCACCAUAUUAUAAAGAAGAAACAGGCAGAAACGUUGGCCAGGGUGGAGUUGUACUUUAGGAUGAAGUGGGGAAAGAUGGAGGGGUUUUUCCUAUGGGAGAUGUUGUAACAUCCCUGCUGCAAUGGAGCCUUUAUUGCUUGCAAGAGCUGACAAAUUUUGCUACACCGACUGCUUCUAAAUACUACCAAGUGCUUGUGAAUCUCAAGGCAUGCUUAUGUACUGAAUUUCCCCCUGCUUAUGUUCUGCUGCAGUUUGUGUUGCUAAAAAUCAUAGGAAUGUCUCCAUUUUUAAGUCAGGUCCAGGCCGGAUUUCUAACUGGCCUAUGUUCAAAAUUCCUUUAUUAAGAGCAAGGUUCAACUUUA